CCCCGGUGUGCCCUGCUUUAAGUGGACCCCAAACGGGCUGCCCGUGCGCUGCUAGUUCACGUUAGAGAAGGCGCGGAGACAACGGGGGCGCAGGGCCGCGCGCCGAUCGGACACACGCAGCGAACCCCGGGCAGGGGCAGCGCGGCGGGGCCGACUCCGGCCCGUGCGGUUCAAAACGCGGUGCAGGGGGCGCCUGCGGGGCGGAGAUGCGGGGAGCCCCCUCUCCCAGCGGCGCCGCCCGGACCGGAAACCGCGAGGGCGCCGGCGCGCACCCGUUCCCUCCCGGACGCCCGUCCAAGCCGCCCGACGCCGCCGCGGGCGCGGGAAGGACGCGGGGAGUGCGGCCCCCGCCCACCCGGAGCGCCUGCGGCCCACGAGCCCCAAGAGAGCCCGCGCCCAGCCCCGCGCGCCGGGAACGCAAGGCGACCCCGAAGACCCCGGCGCGUGAGACCCGACGCGCCCGCGGCUGCCCCGGGGCAGGGACGGGCCCCCAGAGCGCUCAAGGGUGUCUGCGUGGAGGCGGCGAGCCGCCCGGGACGGCCCCGGUCUGGGAUCGCUCGGGCGGCGCUCCGGAGGGCGGCAGCCCCGGCUGGAAGAAACCAGGCCUCUGGGGGCCCUGCAGCUGCCCCCGCUCCCGCUGAACAAACAGCCCCGCUUUCUGCACGGGACGCCUCCCUUUGAAAACAAACUUUGGUUUUAUGGAAGCAGCCAGAGCGCAGAGUUCGUCAUCACUGCGUUCCGGCUCUUGGAGAUGCCCUCCCCGCCCCGAAAUCCCACUGCCCCUGCUGACCCCCGUCCGGCUCAAAGCCCCUUCUUCUGGGAGCUACGUCCAUUUACUCCGUAUAAUCCACGUUAAUGCUGUUCCUGACUUGGCCGUUUUAGACCCUCUGUCCUCCUGCUGCAUCAGAUGACGGUUUAGCUUUAUGUUACCUUCCAGCAGUCAUUCUCCUAAUAUCUUUAAAUCGUCACAUUAUAUCAAUCGGUAGUUUUUACGUUAAUAGUUGUUAGGUCAAGAGAAAUUUGUACACUGUUGUGACUUUGUAAAUGUUGACUGUAAUGGGUUAUAAUUGCAUUUGUUCCUUAACACAGACUUUUUUUUUUUGGGCUAGAGUUUCUGAUGAUACCUUGUUUUCCUUGCAGUGUCUGGAGUAUAAUCAAUAUCCUUACCUUCCCUGUCCCACCCCACCCCCUGUUAUUGUAUUCUAUCAAGCCCUUUUUCUUAGAAAACUCCUUCCAUGAAGCCUGUACACACCCCUCUUAUCAGGCCUGGUUGUCUUGAGCCAUGCCUGCCAUCAGGACGUCUUCUAGGGUUCCCCCGGACCACUCUCCUGGGCUCCGUCUACAUCAUCCCAUAUCUCAAGCAUAAUUCUUCUUUGUGUAUUCUUUCCUUUUGCUGGAGCAUAUUAUCAGAUCAUUCUGAGACAUAUGUAUGGGGCAAAUUUUCUAAGUCCUUCUAUGUCCAAAAAUGUCAAAGUUUUAAACAUCUAAAACUUAAUGCCAGCUUAGCUGGGUAUAGAAUUUUAUGUUUAAAAUCAUUUUUUUUCUUCAGAAAUAUGAAAUU